AUGCCAAACUCAUUGUGGUCGAAGCAAGAAGACGUUGAUGCCUUUUGGCGAGCGUCUUCCUGUGAUAAUCCAUCCGGGGACAGCGUUCUGCACCUUGCUGUUCGUAAAAACGACACGGAACUUGCUAGCAAUCUUAUUGAUGCUGGGUACCCAGUAGACUUAUUUAACGACGACGGGAAAACGCCUCUUCACCUCGCAGCAGAGCUUGGACUUAUUGACAUCAGCAAACUGAUGCUAUUCCAGGGCGCUGAUAUUUUUGCGCAAGAGAUUCCCUCUAAUGGCGAGGAUGGAGGCACUAAGGGAGAUGAUGCGUCCACUGAUUCCAAUGACAGUGCACUAAACACACGAGAGAACAGACAUUCAGAUUCCACGCAUCUCCGUAAGGUAUCGACUCCAUUUGAAGCUGCUAUGGAACAAAAUACGACCGGGCUUUCAAUAUUGUUCGUUAAGCAUGCGCUAUCGACAAGACUUGAUCCAUCGCAUGAAUAUACACUGCUCCAGGUCAUGGCAAGAGCGUUCAUAUCUGAGAAGCAGGACCUACUUGAAGCAUUUCAUCAGUCAGGCUGGGGUAUUGAACGAAAGCACUUAAGAUAUCGACGACCAUUUCUUCAUUACGUUUGUGAAGAAGCUGAACAACCUGAUUCUAUCAAGAGACUGAAGGAGCUUGUAGCUGACGUGACGAAACUUGACAUCGUCGGUUUCAGUGCCCUGCAUAUUGCAGCCCAAAUAGGAAGAUGUCGCGAUGGAAGUGUUGUCAAGUACCUCAUCGAUGCUGGUGCUAGGAUCGAUACCAAAGAUAAAUACUGGGGUGCUAGUCCGCUGAUUGCAGCCGUUCAAGGCAAGAGACUGGUCAACGCUCGUGUACUUCUCGAAGCUGGUUCAGAUCCCAAUGCAGCGAUAAAGCGCGGUGACAUACGUCGGACAUUCCUACACUUGGCCGCUCAAGAUGGAAUUCCCGAGAUGGUAAAACUACUUCUGGAGUGGGGAGCGAAUCCGAAUGUCAUUGAUGAGCUGAACGGCACACCGGCUCAAUGGGCUAUACGCAAUAAUCAUAUUGAAGCCGUGAAAAUCCUUCUGGAGGGAAAUCUAGACCCGAAUUUUGACAAAGGCCAUUCGAUGCAAAUGGCCAUACGGAUGCGACGACUGGAAAUAGUCGACUUGUUCAUGAAGCGUGGAGUAACAGUAAAACGUGACAUGAUACAACUCGCUCGGAUAUCUAACAAAGACAGUAGCAUGCGUCUGUUGGAGAUGUGCGUCAAAAACUUGUCAAUUGGCGAUGAAGAUACUAUCAACAAGGAUAUUGCAGACCAGGAUAUCAAAUUCGGACUCCGCCUUAGCGGGUUUGACAUCCCGAACAUGAUGAGACCUGAUACAUGUGAUGAUUACAGACUCUGCGCACUGCUUAUCGAACACGGCUACGGAGAGAACCUAGAGGCUCUUCAAGAUAUCCCGAGAAGUCUCUUGAUCUGCAUUUGCGCUGAACACAACUUGAACAAAGCUGUAUCACGACUACUGGAACUAGGCAACAUCAACAAGAAAAUUCGAAGCUACAGUGUUAGGCCAUUUGGAUGGACAGCAUUACAUGUGGCUGCUUACAAAGGCAACGUAACUCUAGUGAAGGACCUCAACUCAAACGGCUGGGACCCCGCCGAUGAAGACAACCUUGGUCGAACAGCGCUUGAUCUAGCGGCAUACCAUGGAUCUGUGGAACUGGUAAAAAGUCUGUUGGCUACGUAUUCCAAUGUAGAGCAUCGUGAUAGAGAUGGCCAAACCCCUCUACACUAUGCAGUAUCAAGCGACAGUCACAGGGAGAUUCGUCUGCUAGAGUGCCUCGUCGAAGCCGGGUGCGACAUGUUAAAGGCUACUGUCUCAGGUGAAACGGCACUUCACAGGGCAGCCCAAUUCAAUCUAAGUGAAGUUAUCGCUUGGUUGUUGGAGAAAGGUGGCAAAACCUCCGCGAAAGACUCCCAAUUGAGAACACCGCUUCAUAUCGCCGCUUCCGUCAACGCUGUCCUGGUGAUUGAGAAACUACUCUCUCACGGCGCACAGUUGAACACUGUGACCAUCGAUGGUCGGACACCUCUGCAUUGCGCAAGCCAAACUGGUGCGGACGAUUCCGUGAUCACUCUACUCGUUGCUGGGGCAGAUGCAAACAAGACGGACGGUCGUGGCCACACAGCCCUGGCAACAGCUAUAUACUGGGGUAAGUGCAAACCGAGUACCAUCAAUACGCUCCUUGAGCGUACACAGGUAGACUGGAAGGCUCCACGAGCAAGCCACUUGGUCUUUAUCGCGACACUAGCUGCCAAGUCUUCAAGCCGUGCUUCGGUACUUGAAAGUGUUAUUCAGACUCUACACGCAAAGGUGGGAGAGAAGAAAGCGUCUCGCAUCAUCAGACGGUUAAUGCCCGAGAUGGUUCCCGAGAUACUCGUCAGCGCAGACGAUUUGGAUCGGGGAUCUCCAGCUGAUAUUAUUCCAUCAUUACUCGACUUCCUGCCCGAAAACAAAGAAACAGGCCAUCUUCUUCUCUUCCAUAUGCUUCUAGUUAUCAUCAAACACGGAGGAGAUGACGAUGGACAUCUCACCCGCCGUCUUCUCUUACUGGAUGAUAGCAAUGUUGCCCAAGAGAUACCGAAGAACUGGGGCUUUCAGGGCCUAUGCUGUCGUUAUGGGAGACUUAAACAGCUCCGUGUGUUUUUGGGGCGUGGAUUGAACCCAUGGGGCAGAUUUAUGGUUGAUGGAGUUAUGUGCACUACCGAAGAUAUCGUAAAGCAGUUUUCGCCAGAUAUGUUGAAGUCAUUCCAACGUCUGACUGACGGCUUGGAUGUGCUGAGGAGUGUCUGCAUCAAGGAUCCAUCGAUACUUCCAAUGCUCGGAAGGAUAUAUCCCCCCUAG